ACCCUGUCACAGCCGACAGCCGAAACACUUGUCAAUUAUUGCAUUUUUACUUUUUUAUUCCCGCCGUUUUUUUAUCACCAUGUACUUAGCUAGCGAUGUAGCGCUUGUUAGCUAAGGACGGAGUUGAUCACCUGCUCUAAGAUGCUAAUCUCACAUUAGCGCGUUAACUCUACCUGUACUUCGCUCUUUAACAUUAUCCACCUCCUCGUUGUUGCCUCGUCGCCUCUCUUCUGUUCACUGACAGCGCUCUCAUCCAGCAAUAACAUUGGAGAGGGUGUUCCUUAUGCAGGUGCUUGUCUGUUCCCAUUCUGUCAGUCCCUGUGAGUGAUCGAAUGCAGUGAAACUGGCAUCACUGACCAGUCACACACACAAAGGCCCAUUGAUUGGUCAAAGAUGACCAUGGAGGACACGAAGAAUGAAGCUGACACUGCCUCAAUCGUCUCUAUGGCUCUCUACAAUGUGAUGUAUCCUGUCUUCAAUCAGUUGGAGAAAGUCAAUUUAUCCGCAGCGCAGACCUUAAGAGCAGCUUUCAUAAAGGCAGAGAAGGAGAACCCGGGACUGACCCAGGACAUUGUCAUAAAAAUACUGGAGAAGAAGCACUCAAAAGUCAACUAUAAUGAGAGUCUCCUUCGCAUGGCUGCAGACAAUUCGGAAGAGUUCUGGAUCGACAGUCGAGAGCCUGACUUGCAGGAGCUGAAUGAGAGGGCCCGAGCUCUAAAACACAUCCUCAGCACCAUACCAGAUGAGAUCAAUGACAGAGUAGACUUCCUACGGACCAUCAAAGACAUUGCCAGUGCCAUCAAGGAGCUGCUAGACAUAGUGAAUAAAGUCUUCAGGAAAUACCACCAUCCGAACAGAAUGGCACUGGAAAAGAAGAAGAAAGAGUUUGUGAAAUCCUCCAAGAGCUUCAGUGACAACCUCAAAACCUACUUCAAAGAUGGAAAUGCGAUAAACGUGUUUGUCAGCGCCAACCAGCUCACCCACAAAACCAACAUGAUCCUGCAGGCCUUCAAGACUGAGGUGUAGCAGCCCGAGAAGAUGCACGCACACACACAUGCACACGCACACAGAUGUUUGUAUUAGCAAGUAGGUGCUAUGAGGCUUUGUAAUUUUUAAGUUUAUUAUUUUUGUCUGUAUAAUUUAUGAUUCUGUGGCUUUGAGGGGAGAUCAGGUAGUUUGAGGUUCAAAGCAAAUCAAGUUGACAGUAAUUGCCAGGGAUUUUUAACUCUCUUUUAUGUUGUUCUUUUAUCAGAUUCUUAAGUCGAUAUUUCUUCAUUCCUUUAUAUAUAUUUCCCUCUGUGUUCAGCACUGCGUAGCUCUGAAAAGGUUAGGGUUAGGGUUAGGAAAAAAAAGUUGAGGAAAUAUGUGAUUAUUUCCUUUGCCUUAAAAGUUUGACGAUUGCACAAUUCUGAAAAAGUACAAAGAAAUCAUUCACUUUCAAGAUACAUUCACACAUUUAUUGACUUUUUUUAUCGUAACAUAUAAUCUUGAUCUGUAUGGUGGUAUCACAUACUUUUAACUAAUAUCCUGUCACUAUUAGCAUGCAUCAUAUUCAACUUAAAUCAGAUAUCAAGGUCUGGAGAAACCCUCAGGAGGACUAUAUUCACUGUCUGUAUACUGUUGUAUGUACUGCUUCACCCAGUGCUUCAUAAAUCAUCACCAUCCAGGUGAGCAGUACCUCA